GCGCUCACGGUUCAGACGGUCGCCGCCGCGUUUGCGCACGGGGAGCUGGUUGCCGCUGCGGCCGCCUGGAAUUGUGGGGUUUGUGUCUGCCCCUCGGCUGCCGUGCUGGAAGCCGAAGGUCCCUGGCUAUGGUUCCUCAGAGCCUGCCUCCAUCUAGAAUGGCUCCCCUGGGGUUGCUGCUCGGGCUGCUGAUGGCCUCCUGCUUCACUUUCUGCCUCAGUCGUCAGAACCCAAAUGAGUUUGCACUGAUCAACUCAGAGAAGAGCAGCACCAAAGAAUCAGAGAGAAAGGAAACCAAAGCAGAGGAGGAUCUGGACACUGAGGUCCUGGAGGUGUUUCACCCGACCCAGGAUUGGCAGGCCCUUCAGCCAGGUCAGGCUGUUCCUGCAGGAUCCCAUGUCCGGCUGAAUCUUCAGACUGGGGCAAGAGAGGUGAAGCUCCAGUAUGAAGACAAAAUCCGAAAUAAUUUGAAAGGGUUGAAAAAAGGCAAAAGAUUGGACAUCAACACCAAUACCUACACUUCUCAGGACCUCAAGAGUGCACUGGCCAAAUUCAAAGAGGGAACAGAGGUGGAGGGUUCAAAAGAAGACAAGGCAAGACAGGCUGAGGUAAAGCGUUUCUUCCGUCCCAUUGAGGAACUGAAAAAGGAGUUUGAUGAGCUGAAUGUUGUCAUUGAAACUGACAUGCAGAUAAUGGUACGACUGAUCAACAAAUUCAACAGUUCCAGCUCCAGCCUGGAAGAAAAAAUUGCUGCACUCUUUGAUCUUGAGUAUUAUGUCCAUCAGAUGGAUAAUGCACAGGACCUGCUCUCCUUUGGUGGCCUUCAAGUGGUGAUCAAUGGACUGAACAGCACAGAGCCUCUGGUGAAGGAGUAUGCUGCAUUUGUGUUGGGGGCUGCUUUUUCCAGCAACCCGAAGGUCCAAGUGGAAGCUGUUGAAGGAGGAGCCCUGCAGAAGCUACUGGUCAUCCUGGCCACAGAGCAGCCUCUCACUGCCAAGAAGAAGGUCCUGUUUGCACUCUGCUCCCUGCUGCGCCACUUCCCCUAUGCCCAGCAGCAGUUCCUGAAGCUGGGGGGACUGCAAGUCCUCAGGGACCUGGUACAAGAGAAGAGCACAGAGGUGCUGGCCGUGCGUGUGGUCACUCUGCUCUAUGACCUGGUCACUGAGAAGAUGUUUGCAGAGGAGGAGGCUGAGCUGACCCGGGACACAUCCCCAGAGAAGCUACAUCAGUAUCGCCAGGUGCAUCUCCUGCCAGGCCUGCGGGAACAGGGCUGGUGUGAGAUCACGGCCCACCUCCUGGCACUGCCAGAGCAUGAUGCCCGCGAAAAGGUGCUGCAGACGCUGGGAGCCCUCAUGGCCACCUGCCGGGACCUCUACCAACAGGACCCUCAGCUCCGCAGGACACUGACCAACCUGCAGGCUGAGUACCAGGCAUUGGCCGCCCUGGAGCUCCAAGAAGGGGAAGACGAAGGAUACUUCCGAGAACUCCUGGCCUCCAUCCACAGCCUGCUGAAGGAGCUAAGAUGAGGCUCCUUUCUGAUUCCAGGAUUGGACUGGGAUGCUGCUAGUGAGGCUGAGUGCACCAGCUUGGGUGCAUUCUUCAGGGGACAUCAGGCAGGAGGGAAGAUUUCCCUACUCGGGCAUGAACUUCACCAGGGCAGGGCUGGCUUGGCCAUUAAAUGAAGACAUGAAGGCCGUGGUCUAUGUCCUCGUUUCUGUGUAGACUGGGCUCAGCCUGUAGCUGGGUUCCAUGUCUGGGAGGCCCCAAGGGCAAAUGAGUCUCUGGGUAAUGGGCCCCUGGUGACAUGUUGGAUGGUCAGUCUGGCCAUCCACUAAGAGGCACCAUAGGAAGGGUUUGGGCUCAGGUAUUGGAAAACUCUGGCUCUUUACCAUUCAGUACCUCUGUGACCUUGGGAAGUCAUUUAGCCUCUUUGAAUUUGUUUCCUCAUCUGUCAAAAGAGUUUCAUUACAGGAGAAAGAAUACGCACAAAGCUCUACACCAGUGCCUGGCACCCAAGCUUACCCUGUCCUCACCCAAGCUGUGAGGGAAGGUCUGGGGAAUCAUCUCACUGCCCGCUCUACCUGAGCCCAAGAAACAGCUUCAAGGCUGUUGGCACUGGGGAAGCCCGAGGGCAUCUCCACACAAGACGCUGUGUCAGCCAGGCAGCAGAUGGGCUGGGCAGCUGCUGGAGCCAUUGGUGCUGGGGCAUGGGUGGCGGAAGGGCUCUGUGGGUUGCUGGCUGGAUUCUGGAGGCUCUUAGGUGGAGGUCUCACUCUGGGAGAAGAGUGAUCUCGCUACGGCUAGCAGUGGGAACCCAAGAAAGCCAUGCCUGCCACCCACCUGUCUGUACCCUGGCCCCUCCUCUAUGUUCCAGCAGGAGCCAGGGCAGCCUGAGAAAGAAGCAGGGGCAGCCCAGCCUGGCAAAUCAGUCCCAGCCCCCACCCCAGCAAGGCAGAGCGCCAGGCUGGGAGCCGGCUGCAAGUUGCCAUGGCAACCCUCGCUCUGGGCUUUCCUGAUUUGGAUUCUGGUGCGUUUGUUUUUCAGCCUUCCUCAAUGCACCAGAGGCUCAUUCCCGCUGGCUCAGGCAGCCCCUCCUGGCCUCCAGGAGGCGAAGUCAGGAAGGCCUGUGCGGGCCAGGCCUCUCCUCUCCCUGACAUCAGUCCUAGCUUGUAGAAAUCUCAGCUUCACUGAGCUGAGGGGAAACUGAGGCCCAGAGAAACAUGGGGUAAGUGGGUGGCCUCAUUCCCUGUAGUCCCUUUCCUUGCUCUUCUCUGCCCAUCUUUUGCCCACUUUCCACUAUGCCCAGGAAAUGUGUGAAGCGCUAUGGACUGCACAGAGCUGCUUCUAGGGCAGCAGGAGGGAGCAGGAGUCCAGGCUGACUCUUUGGAGGGGCAGUUUCCCUAGCGGGGGAGCCUCCAGACUCAGGCAUACUGGGCAUCAGCCUUGCAGUCUGCCUUUGAGCCUUUAAAGCCUCCCCCAGCCUUGGAGGUGUGCUUUAGAGGAGAUAUGGUGGCUCGGGAGGCUGAAUGACCUGCCUGAGAUCAUACAGCUUGAGUGCAGAGCUGGAACGUGCUGCGCCAACUCUGCCGCAGAAGGCUGUGCGCAGCCCAGGGCACGGUGUUCACACUGACAGGCUUCAGAAGCGAGCCCAGGAGAGACGGCAGAGCUGCUGUGGCCACCCAGAGUGGGGCAUAGUUCAGAAAGGUCAGGCUGGGUCCUGACCAAGGCCAAGGUCAGCCACUCUGGAGAUGAUGUCAGCAGGCUCUGGGGUGGAACUGAGAGCGGGCGAGGUGGGCUCGGGGUGAGGCUGCCCAGGCACAGAACACUGGGAGGGGGAAGGCUUGGGGUUGAUGCUGGCUAUGAACCUGGUCCAGGCCUUGUCCUUGCAGAGGUGAGCACGGAGAUGUGGAGCAGAUGCAGGCCUUGAAUGAGGGCUGGCAGGAAUGUAGGAGCCAGGUGAGGCCCCUGGGGUGGUGGCAGGACAAGGCUGGGACUGGAAAUCCCCAGAGCCCGUGAGGCGUCUACAACCACCAGGGGCUGAUCUAGGGCAUACAAGGGGUUCCUGUGAAAGGAAUGCCACUAGUACGGGUCUAAUUGAGGUCUCAGUGUCCCCUCUGCCUUCAUGUAUGCUCACAAAAUAGUAUAUCUGUACAGCCAAGGGAGACUUCAGGCCAUGAGUCCUGGGGGAUCCCUGGAACAGAGGAAAGAGCACCUGGGAGCAGCAAUGAGGAGACUGGACCUGUGCCAGGCCACUGAGCUGCAGGUCCGGGGGCACUAUUAUCCUCUCACCCAGCACAUCCUCAUACAGGCAUCAGGGAGAGUGAGGGCCAGUCUGUAACCUGUUAGGCCUCCUGGGUUUUGUCCUGGGCCUUCCAGGUAGUUGGGCAUUAGAUGAGCCAGGGUUCUGGCUUGGGAUGCUUGGGGGUGAUUCUGGUACCACCAGAAUCAUUGUUUAUUGUCACCUGCAGGUCUGGAGGGACCUUCUCUGCCUUCCCUUUGGGUGCCAUUCUGGAAAAUGUGGCCAAGAAGUGCAGCCUGGGCCUGAAAGUUAGGCAAGGAAUGGUAAUGCGGCCACAGCUGGCAGAAUUUGGUUGACGUGCUUUCUUUCUGCCUAGGUCUUGUCUUUUCUUCCCACCCGGUCACAUGGUGGGGCCACAGAACUCUUAGCCUUAUGUCCAGGAGUAGACUGAGCUAUGGCUGGCGCACACCCCUGAUUGUUAAUGCCCUCCUCCUGGGCUGGGGCUGAACUAGGCCCUUUGGGAGGCUGAAAGAGAUGGGGAGUAGGGUGGUGGGUGAAGGUCCCUGCUCUGUCCCUCAGUAGUCUUGGUUAUUUAUUAACUCACUGUUCAUUUAGCCUUCCAUUCAGAUUCUGUCAGUUAAGCAUUAGUACAUGUUGGGUCUCAGGGUUCUGAGAUCAGUAAGUCACAGGUCUUGCUGGCAGGGAGUUGGGGUGGGGGUGCAGUGUGACCUAUGCCUUGGUGAAGCUGAGGAAGCCCUGGACCUAGUGUAGGAGGUCAGGGGAAGCCUCCCAGUGCUGGUGAUAACCAAACUGAGACCUGAGGAUGCUUGAAGGACAACUCAGGUAGGUAUGGAGAGGAUUUCAGCCCCAGAACAUGCAGGAGGACCUGAGGGAGCGUGCAGUCCAUCAAGGAACCCAGGGUAAUUGUUGCUGGAGGAGGUGGUGUGACUGAGGGGCAUGUGGCCCAAGGUGGAGCCACAUGGGUCAGUGGUGACCAUGUCCUCCAGUGCCCUGCCAGUCUUGCCAAGGAUGUGCCCUCCUGACAGCAUGAGGAGGCGGUGGGGAGGGGGGCUCUGGGGGCUCUGGUUGCUGCCUUCAACCCUUCCACACAUGAUGGAGGGCCGCUUCAGACCAGGCCCUGACCUGGGCGCUGUGACAAGCAAGCAUUCAGUGUGAGUCUAGGUGAGUGCCGGAGCACCAAAGGUCAACAAGACACCAUGAAGGGAAAAGGGCUCUGCAGAGGUGCUGUGUGAACAGGAAGCGUAGCAGGGAACCAGGGGGGAACGCAGGCAAGUGCUUCGUUGACUGAGGAUGAAGCCAGGGCAAGGUCCUCAGCUGGAGUGUGGCCGGGCAUUUCAAAAAAGCAGUGAAGCAGCAGGAGGGAGGGGAGUGGGCAAGCAAGAGCAGGCUGACAGGCUGUGGGAAGGAAUAUGGGGACAGGAGAGACCUGCUGGGACAGGAUCCCUCUUGUCAAAUGGUGAAAGGAGAUGAUAGGGGCCAGGACAGAGCCUGGAGGCAAGCAUGAGUCAGUUUGGUAGGUGCAGGGUGGUGACAGAGGAGCUGGGGAGCAGGCCUCAGCUGCAAGCCCUGUGUUCCGGGAAGAGCUGAGGGGAUUCGUGGCUGGAUGUGGCACAUGAGGAAAGAGGCAUCAAGGACGCAGCCUCACUUUGGGCUUGAGUGAACGGUGGAUGGAGGUGUAAGAAACAAAAAUGGGGAAAGUAGAGGAGAAGGGGAAAGGACUGGCCAUUUGCGUGGCAUGGUUCAGCUCUGUUUAUAUCACAGUGUUCGCAGGACAUUCGGAUGGGGAUGUUGAAUAGGCCAGCUAAAGCCAGAGCCUGGAGUCGGGAGGGGUCCAGGGGAAGAGAAGGGCUUGGCGCAUGUGUGAGAGGGUCCUGGGGGUCAGGAAUGUGGUAAAAUGGUUGUAAAAUACAGCUGUUGUUAAAAAAAUUAAAUAAACUUAUGCUUAAACAACAGAUUAAAAAAGCAAAGGUAAUUAAAAAAAAAAAA